AUGAAUCAAACCAAUGCGACGAAGGUGGAGCUUUUCGAGGAGCAAGAUGAAAUACGUAUCAUCGUAGAAAAGCUAAAGGAGAACAUACGAAAUCAAAAUCUUAUCAAAGCUUCAUGCGACAAAAACUUAAUCCGGCCUUCCGCAUCCAACACUCCCGACAGAACACCACUACCACUAUCACCGGCGCCAACCAAAUCUUCAACUUGCACCAAAUGCGGAGAAUCACUACUAUUACCAGUCCCAGUGCUUGCGGCGCGCUUUUCGAACAACAGUCGGGUACACAAGGUUUUGCUCGCUCGCAAUAGAAGGCUUCAACGCCACGGGAUCACAAUAAGCGUUCGUUUGGCCACUGCAACAGAGAAGUCAUUGAAAUACAGAUGUCGAAAGUUUAGCCCACUUCGAUGGUCGCAAGAAUAUUCUGAGUGA